AUGCAUGCAAUUCGCCUUCGGGCCGUGAGAGGCCUUGGACGUCUAGCCAGCCGUGCAAGAUCGCGUGUUUCCGAAUUUCCUGCCUCCCAUCCAUCGGGAUUGGCACCACUAACACAGCCACGGCUGCACCCUCGGGUGAUUCGUUUCGCCAGCUCAAGCGCUUCGCCGGAGAAGGCGUUUCAGGAACGAGUGCAAGAGAUUCGCAAUGCUUGUGCCGAUCCGUAUCCUCGGCUUGCAGUAGACUCGCGUACUCUCAGUUGCGCCGACUUCCGCACUCGCUACGCUUAUUUGAAGGAAAAUGAAUCAGUAGAGGAAGACUCAGUUGUGGUUUCUGGUAGGAUCCGUACAUAUAGGCUCGCUGGGAGCAAAUUGAUUUUCUUCGAUCUCGUGCAAGAUGGCCAUAAAGUCCAAGUGAUGUGCAAUAAGCGACAGCUCGGAGACGUCGAGGGUCCCGAGUUCAAGAAAUUCUACCGGCUUUUGCGCCGUGGUGAUGCAUUCUCCGUCACUGGACGACCGCAUCGAACGGGUCGUGGUGAAUUGACCAUCGACGCGACAGCACUGCCGCAGCUGCUUUCACCAUGUCUGCACGAUGUGCCUGUCCAUGAUCAUGCACACCAUGAGACCUCACCUUAUCCUCGCCAUGUCCAGUUCAUGGUUGAUCCCACCGCGGCCGACAUCAUUCGCGCCCGGGCAGCACUCAUUCAAUAUCUGCGCCAAUUCUUCCUCGACCGGUCCUUCAUGGAAGUGAGCACUCCGAUCAUUAGCGCCGGCGCCGGGGGAGCCAUCGCUCGGCCAUUCAAUACGGUGGCCACCGAAUUUCCCGAUCGGGUGUUGUCGUUGCGGAUUGCACCGGAGCUAUGGCUGAAGCGACUGGUCGUGGGCGGAUUUGACAAGGUCUUUGAGAUUGGUGCAUCAUUUCGAAACGAAGGCAUCGACAAGACACAUAAUCCAGAGUUCACAACGUGCGAAUUCUAUCAUGCCUACGCCAACCUGGAGGACUUGAUGGCCACCACCGAGAAGUUGUUAUCCGGCAUGGCCAAGCAUAUCGAGGCCCUCAAUGUAGCGGGCACAUUGAAUCCCACGACGGCCGACUUCCGCACUCCCUUCCGUCGGAUCGACUUCAUCACGGGCAUUGAGGCCCAGAUCCAACGCACACUUCCUGAUCUUGCCUCUCCAGAGGCAGUGAUCCAGCUGCACUCUCUCUUCCACGACCUCUCCCUUCCCCUCCCGACGAAUCCAACCCUGCCGCGCCUUCUCGAUGAACUCUGUGCCACGUACCUAGAACCUCUCUGCAACGAUCCCACGUUCAUCAUCCACCCGCCCGAAUGCCUUUCACCACUGUCCAAAUCCUUUAUCCACCCCACCGCCAAGCAAGUCGUCGCUGCGCGCGGUGAGCUUUUCAUCCAAGGCAAAGAAGUGGUCAACACCUACGAAGAGGAAAACUCUCCCUUUGAGCAGCGCCGCAAAUUUGAGGAUCAGGUCCGAUACAGCAAAGGCUCCGACGAGCCUGCUGAGGUGGAUGAGAAUUACCUCGAGGCGCUGGAAUGGGGACUUCCCGCAACCGGCGGCUGGGGCUGCGGCGUGGAUCGGUUAGUGAUGCUGUUUACUGGAGCGAAACGCAUCGGCGAUGUUUUGCCGUUUGGUACUUUGCGAGCUGUGACGAGACGGUCCCCGGCCCCGUCUUCUGAGGCGGAUCACGAGGGAGAGAAGACUGGGAAUUGA